AUGUCUUCUUCAGUGUUCUUCAAGUUCAAGUCGCAGAAGGAGCCCACCAGGGUGGAAUUUGAUGGCACAGGUAUCUCAGUCUUCGAGCUCAAGCGUGAAAUCAUCAACAAGAGCGGACUGGGCGAUGGCACGGAUUUCGACCUGUUCAUUUACACAGACGAUAAUAGUGAAGAAUAUGACGAUGACACAACGAUUGUUCCCAGAUCCACGACCGUGAUUGCUCGGCGACAGCCGGCUAUUAAGCCUGGAGCCGGACGAGCUGCGCGAUAUGUUUCGGGGAAGAUGCCCGUGGCGGCGAAGAACGCCGGCCGCAAGGAGCAGUCAUCCAAGGUAUCGGCGUCCAAGCCGAGCACAAAUGCCUUCAGCCAGAUGAACGAUGCCAUGACAGAGGAGGACCGCAUGGCGGCCAUGUUCGCUGCCCAAACGGAGCAGUGGUCAGCCCAGCAAGAAGAGUUGUCUCACCAAGCACCAGUUCCUUUCAAGCCUGGCACCAAGCGGCCAGCAAAUGUUCCUGACCAUGAUCCUCCCAAUGGCUACAUUUGCUACCGAUGUGGAAACAAGGGCCACUGGAUCCAGCUGUGCCCGACCAACGAUGACCCUGACUUUGACAAUCGACCUCGCGUCAAACGUACCACUGGCAUUCCCCGUUCGUUCUUGCAAAAGGUGGAUAAGUCUGUCAUCCUAGCUCAGUCUGAAGGCGAUGAUACCAAGCGGCCCUCGGGAAUCAUGGUCAACGCCGAAGGAGACUUUGUCAUUGCCGAGCCAGACAAGGCAUCUUGGGAACAGUUCCAGGCCAAGGCCAAAUCCUCGUCCUCCGCAUCCAAGACUGCGCGGGAGGAGGACAAGGAAGUGCAGGAGCGUGGUCUCGAGUGUUCGAUUGACAAGAAGAUGUUCAUAGAGCCAAUGAAAACCCCGUGCUGCCAGAAGACGUUUUGCAAUGACUGCAUAACCAACGCACUCAUCGAAAGCGACUUCGUCUGCCCUGCUUGUCAGACCGAAGGUGUGCUAAUCGAUGAUCUCCAGCCCGACGAGGAAGCGUCAAAGAAGAUUCAGGAGUACCUUAAGGAGAAGGAAGCUGCCAAGGUGACCCCGCCAUCGUCGCCCAAGGACACCUCGGAAGGAGUUGCGGGCAACUCGGAGAACGAUCAAGCCAAGGAUGCAGAGAAGAAGGAAGACGAAGGGGGAGACGCCGCUGAGGGCAAGGCCCUGCUGCCUACCAGCAUCGAAUCUCCAAAGGAAAAGUCCGACACACCAGCUACAGCUACAGAACGGGCCGCUUCGUCAUCCAAAUCUCCCUCAGCCGAGUCAAAAAGCCUCGUUUCUAGCACUUCAACCACCGGCGGCAAGAUUGAGGUUGUCAAGGCAGAGGAUGCCUCGUCGAAGAAGAGGCCCGCCGAGGAUUUCCUGGAGAAUCCCAAGAUACCCAAGGGGCCCCGCGCCAUGCAGAACCAGCAGUCACACAGCAUGGCCAAUGGCAACAUGAUGCCCAACAUGCCCAACAUGGGUAUGAAUAACAUGAUGUUCAAUGGAGGCAUGGGUAUGAUGCCAAACAUGAUGGGUAUGCCGCCGAUGCCGGGUAUGGGAAGCAUGGGCGGCAUGGGCAUGAAUAUGGGCAUGAACCUGGGGAUGGGCAUGGGCAUGCCCAUGAUGAAUAUGCCCAUGAUGGGCAUGCAAGGCUUCAACAACAUGAAUGGAGGCUACGGAAAUAUGAACGGCGGCUACGGUAUGAACAACAUGAGCAACAUGAACAACAUGGGCGGCGGCCCCGCCAACGGCAACUGGGGCAUGAACAACAUGGGCAUGAUGAACGGCUACCAGAACGGCGGCAACUUUCCUCAAGGCGGCGCCUGCGCCGGCGAAGAGGACGCCUAUUUCCGGAAACCCGUCAACCCGCAUCGACACCAGAACAAGCAACGCAGAGUACGGCCAAGCGACUACCGCGAGCUUUGAG